ACGAGAAGCUGGGAGGUGGGCGGCAUUUUCGGUGCUCGUAUGAUAUAGUAGUCACGAUAAUUGAUGUGUGAUUUUCAUCCAGUGGCCCUAAUCAUGCCAUGUGAACCUUCACCAUGGCCCACUGUUAAUCUUGCGCCAUCGUAGUGAUGUGCACGAGUAUCCGAGUGCUAUUCAAGUACUCUCACCCGCAACCCCGCCUUGACUCCGCAUAUUGACCGCGAGACGGGGUUAUAGCGCGGUCAGUUCCCCCAUGUACCCCCGCAUGCUCUACACUUUCGAUUCGCUGUGUGGUAUUACAUUAUUGGGAGAAGACCUACGAGCACUGUGAGCUGCCUGUUCCUGAAAUAUUCACAAAAUCCCUUCCGUAUCAACACUUACCACCAUAGACCGUUCAAGAUUACUUGAACUCUAAUAUGACGCUCAAAAAUGUUAUUGUCACUGGAGCUGGGGGUUUGAUAGGCCCAAUGCUCUCGAAGCGCCUUUUGAACGAUGGUUACAGAGUCAUUAUGACCGAUAUUGUUGAGCCUGUCGUCCCGAAAGGCGUCAAAACCCCGGAGAAUGCGACACGCCUGAAGGGGGAUAUCUGUGAUCCUGCGUUCAUCAAGACACUGCUGGAAACCGCACAGCCGCUCCACGCCAUCUUUAUCUUCCAUGGCAUCAUGUCAGCGGGCUCGGAGGCAAACUUCGACCUAUCAUGGAAGGUCAACGUCGAAAGUGUACGAAACCUCUUACUGGCACUCAGGCAGUCAAACCCCGGCGUUCGUGUUGUCUAUUCAAGUUCGCAGGCAGUGUACGGCCAGCCACUACCACCCGUAGUCACCGACUCUGUUACACCCACCCCCGAGGGCACCUAUGGCGCGCAUAAGCUUUCGACCGAGGUCAUCAUCAACGAUAUGCAUCGCAAAGGCUUUAUUGAUGCCUUUAUUGUGCGGUUUCCUACGCUGGUUGUGAGACCUGGCAAGCCCAGUAACGCAGCAUCGUCUUUCCUUUCUGGUAUGAUACGUGAGCCGUUGAAUGGUGAUGUCUGUGUGUUACCUCUCAAGGAUAGAUCCUUCAGGUCAUACAUCUGCUCACCUAGUGGCACGAUCGAGAAUCUUGUACGGGUCUUAAAUCUGAGGAGCGAUGCUCUGCCGAAACACAUCCGGCAUAUCAACUUCCCAGGUGUUGCUGCAUCAGUUCAGGAAUUGAUGGACGGUUUGGCGAAAUACGGUGGAGAGGAGAAGUUGAAGCUGCUUCAGGAGGAGACAAAUCCGGAAUUGGAACGUAUUCUGAGGAGUUGGGCGCAAGACUUCGAUCCAAGUACACCUGACAGGCUAGGCCUGGUGAGAGACAAGCACCCUGAAGAUCUUGUCAAGGAGUACGUCGAUUACUUGAACGAGCAAUGAGACGACUCCCUAACCUCUGAGAGAGAAUUGAUUUGCACAUGAAUGCUUGACGGGUAUUAUAUAGGAAGUUCUAGCAAGAUUAUGAGUGGAUGCCUAUAUUCUAUGGUAGCUUUCCCGUUGGUAAUCAGUGUUAGCGAUGAUAAUCUGAAUUCUCGCAAUGGCACACCAAGAUUCCUGUACCC